CCUUGAUUCAAUCCUCAUUCACCACCGAUGGCCUCCGACGUCCCAUGCCUAUCCCCGUCGCCGGCUUCGCCGAUGGCUACCAGUCGCGUAGACGUCUUCUGGCACGACGGAAUGCUCCGACACGACGCCGUAGUAGGCGUCUUCGAUUCCGGACACGACCCUGGGUUCCUCGACGUACUGGAGAAGCACCCGGAGAACGCCGAUCGCGUCAGGAACAUGCUUUCGAUUCUCCGACGCGGUCCCAUCGCUCCUCAUGUCAAUUGGUUUUCCGGCCGUCCAGCACUCAUAUCUGAGCUUCUAAUGUUUCACACUUCAGAGUACAUUGACAAGUUAGUGGAGGCAGAUAAAUCAGGAGAAAGGUGUGAAAUUGCUGCAGGUACUUUCAUGAGCCCAGGCUCGUGGGAAGCUGCCCUUCUUGCAGCUGGAACAACUCUAUCAGCAAUGCAACAUAUUCUUGAUUGCCAUGGGAAAAUAGCUUAUGCUCUGGUACGCCCACCAGGCCACCACUCACAGCCUACUCAAGCCGAUGGGUAUUGCUUCCUCAACAAUGCGGCUCUUGCUGUCAAGCUGGCAUUGAAUUCGGGUUCUUGUUCCCGAGUUGCGGUUAUUGACAUCGAUGUGCACUACGGAAAUGGCACAGCUGAAGGGUUCUAUACAUCUGAUAAGGUUCUUACGGUGUCACUCCAUAUGAACCAUGGGUCAUGGGGCUCGUCUCACCCGCAGAAAGGAUCAAUUGAUGAACUUGGUGAAGACGUGGGAUUGGGUUACAACCUGAAUGUCCCUUUACCUAAUGGCACGGGUGACCGGGGAUAUGAAUAUGCCAUGACUGAGCUGGUGGUUCCUGCAGUGAGAAGGUUUGGACCCGAUAUGGUUGUUCUCGUUGUUGGUCAAGACUCUAGUGCUUUUGAUCCAAACGGGAGACAAAGCCUGACGAUGAAUGGAUACAGAAGGAUUGGGCAGAUAAUGAGGGGGGUGGCAGAGGAGCACAGCCAUGGAAGGUUGCUUAUGGUGCAAGAAGGCGGGUAUCAUGUUACAUAUGCAGCGUACUGCCUCCACGCCAUGCUAGAAGGCGUGCUGAAGAUACCAGAACCGCAUCUAGCGGAUCCGAUCGCUUAUUAUCCCGAAGAAGAAGCUAUUGCUGUUGCAGCUGUGGACUCGAUAAAAAAGUACCACUCCGAAUUUGUUCCAUUUCUCAGAGGAACUUGAAGAUGUGUCGUAUGAAUGAGUUUUACGAUGUGUUUCGUUGUGUUAUGACCUUUUUGGAACAAAUCUAGGUCCAAUUGUAGAUUGAGAUUAUGGCUAUAGAAUCACAAGUUUAGACUUUUCUGCCAGUCCAAAUCGCCGCA